AGCGGAAUGUCCGUGGAUGAGAAGCCUGAAGCCCCCAUGUACGUGUAUGAGUCGACGGUUCAUUGUACAAAUAUCCUCCUGUGCCUGAACGACCAGCGGAAGCAGGAUAUCCUGUGCGAUGUGACUGUCCUGGUGGAGGGCAAGGAGUUCCGCGGCCACCGGGCCGUGCUGGCCGCCUGCUCAGAAUACUUCUUGCAGGCUCUGGUGGGACAGGCCGAGAAUGACUUGGUCCUCAGCCUACCUGAGGAGGUCACUGCCAGGGGAUUCGCCCCAUUGUUGCAGUUUGCCUACACUGCUAAGCUGUUACUCAGCAGAGAAAACAUCCAGGAGGUCAUCCGCUGUGCCGAAUUCCUGCGCGUGCACAACCUGGAGGACUCAUGCUUUCGCUUCCUGGAGGCCCAGCUCCGCAGUGAGGAGGAUGGCCUGCUGCUGUGCCACAAGGUGGCGCCGGCCGAGGGCAACCACAAGGCCGAGGACGAGAACAUGCAGUCUGAGACGACAACAAAGGCAGCCUCCCCCCGGGCACGUCGGCGCUCUGAAGCCCUUUCCUCCUUGCGGCGCGCCCCGGACAAGGACCGGCUACCCGUGGCGGUGCCCAGUGACUUCAGCAACGUACGACUGGACUUCGACAGACACGGAGCAUCCGACCUCCCCCGCUGCCCCAAAUACAGGAAAUACCAGUGGGCCUGCAACAAGCACAAUAACGACACCUCCUCACACACCAGUAUCUCAGGUUUACCAAGCACAUUAUUAUUAAAGGAGACAAGUGGUGGCAUCAGUUGCGGGGCGGUCCGGGGCCAGAGCAUGUCGCCGGUGGCAGACAUCAAAGUGGAGCCGCGGGCAGAGGAAGAGGCCAGCUCGCUGUGCCUGUCAGGGGACGAGCAGGGCGGCCUGGACAAGGAGACAGGCAUGGAGAUGGACAGUGUCCCAGUGUUGUCCGCCUCCUCCGCCAAGAGGAGCAAGUCCCCCACCUGCCUCCGCGCCUUCUUCAAAAAAGGAGCAGACCUACCGUGUCUGCCCAAUGUGUCGCAGCAGCUAUUUGCCAACAGACUCGCCAGCGUCUGCCCCCAAGACAAAGGAACCACUCUGGGAGAUCACAAAACAAAAGACUUCAGGCCUCUCACUGCUGGGGAGUUGGGCCUGUCUGUUACAUCCCUGAAGGAGGUAGACGGCUUCCCUCUGAGGCUCUCGCCCCUGAAGUCCACCUCCUGCGACGGCGUCUGCAAACAGGAAGUGGAGCUGGACCGCCGCAGUGUCAUCUUUUCCUCCUCAGGGGCCUGUGACCGUCUGGGCUCCCCGGCGCAUUCCUACCCCGGCGGGAGCUCUUUGGAGAUGGAGCUCUCGGAGCACACGCCAAUGGGCCUGUGGGCUGGUGCCAGCCAGUCCCUUCCCAGCUCCCAGACCUACUCCCCGAGCAGUGCCCCCUCCUUCGCCUCCGCCACCACCGAGCCCCCGCCGGUCCUCUGUCGCCCGCUGCCAAACACCAGCUGCCCAGUGCCAAUCAAGGUGUGCUCGCGCUCGCCGCCCUCUGAGACCCGCACACGGACCUCCAGCUCCUGCUCCUCCUACUCCUACGCGGAGGACGGGAGCGGCGGCUCACCCUGCAGCCUGCCCCAGUUUGAGUUCUCCUCCUCGCCCUGCUCCAACGUGGCGCUCCGCCUCGCCGCCGACCAGCAGGAACAGGGCGUGAUGGGGGGGGACACCCUCUUCAACCAGGUUCGCCCCAAGAUCAAGUGCGAGCAAUCGUACGGCACCAACUCCAGUGACGAGUCGGGAUCCUUCUCCGAGGGUGACAGCGAGUCGUGCCGAGUCGAUCAAGGGCGAGAGGUAAAACUUCCUUUCCCUGUUAAUCAAAUCACAAAUCUUCCACGGAACGACUUCCAAAUGAUGGUAAAAAUGCACAAACUGACCUCAGAGCAGCUGGAGUUCAUCCAUGACAUCAGGCGGCGGAGUAAGAACCGCAUCGCAGCGCAGCGUUGUCGCAAGAGGAAGCUUGACUGCAUCAUGAACCUGGAGUGCGAGAUCAGAAAACUGGUGAACGAGAAGGACAAGCUGCUGACGGAGAGGAACCAGCUGAAGGAGUGUAUGGGCGAGCUGUGGGAGAACUUCUCCUGUCUGUCCCAGGAGGUCUGCAGGGACAGACAGCUGAGUCCGGAGCAGGUCCAGUCCCUGAACCACCACUGCCCUGUCCUGAAGCCCAGCACCACCAACACCACCACCACUGCCAGCAAUGCUGCCUCCAACAGCAUUGACCUCAUCACCCACUCCAGCUCAGCCACCCCGGAGCCCAGCUUCCUCAAGUCCUCCGGGCCCUCGGAGAGCGAGCCUGAUUGGGCCAUGGGAAAUGGGGCUGAUGGGGGGCCAGGUAGCAAUGAGGCAGAGGGCCAGGAGCCACGUUUAUACAUGGAGUCGGGGCUCUCGUUCAAUGAACAGUCCAAUCAGACGGUGACGGUAGACUUCUGCCAGGAAAUGACUGAUAAAUGUACAACUGACGAACAGCCGAGAAAGGACUGUACUUAGUAAACUGUGGUUUUAAUAUAUGUUUUUUAUUAUUUAAUUUCUAGUUUUUCUUUUCUUCUGACAAACCCCUUCCUCUGGGUUGGUGAGAUGUUCAGCCUCUACCAGUGUUCUUUAAACAACAUGUUUUUUGUUUGUUUUUAUUUAUGUAUUUUUGUUGUCUUUUUAUAGGUUGACACUACAGUUGUCUUAACAGCAAUACUGUUCUCCAGGUAUUCUCCUCUCUGUAACCAUGACAGAGAGGAGGGACUUCCCACACAAAACUCCGCUCACAAUGGUGCUCCACCAUGCUGUUCUCUAUCUAUACAGUCUACUCACAGGGAUGGGCAAAGAUCACAUCUUCAAUUCAAACCUCAAUGGACCUAACAGCAGCUCUCUUUGUCUCUCGAUCUACCUACAGUUUCUAUCUCUCUGUCUCUCUCUUUCUUUGUCUCUCUAUUUCUCUCUCUCUCACUCUCUCCUACUCUGUCUAUUUUCCUAUCACUAUUUCUACAUCUAACACUUCCUCUCUAUUUCUCUAUCUCACUAUCUUUCUAAUUCUCUCACUCUCUCUUGUGGCCCUUGUCACAGCAAUUCAAACUCAGGAAAAUAUCUUCUGAAUGUUCAACAUGAUUCAUGGAAAUAAGAAUACAGCUUCUGUAUAUGAGAGGUUUCUGAAGCAGACUGUAAAUGUCCAUAUGCAAAAAUGUCUUUUGUACAGCAAAACGAUGUGUACAGACAGUACCUUAACAUUCCUCCUUUGCCUUCCUCAGCACUGAAACGCAAGAGAAAAACGAAUGAUUUGGCAGGUGGUUCCCAAAUAGCUAUGUUCCUACACAUCAGCAAAAUCAUUGUAUUUGGAUGUUGUAAUGGUAACUUUCAAGUGCUUGCUUGGGCAGAACAUAAUAACGUAUAAUGUAUGGCGCAUGGUGACUGUCACAGUAAUAUUGUACAGGUAGUGGCUUAGACAUUUCUUUUUCACUAGGGUUAUAUCAAGUACCUUUUUGCUAAGGGAAAAUAUUUGCUUAGCUUUUUCCUGAUUAAAGGAAAAUUCCCCAUAAGGGUGGAUGUUCUUAAACUCAGGAAAUCAGCUUGACACACACAUUGUGUGUGUGUAUAU